UGUACAAUGUACACGUACAUGUUCAUGAGCAAACCGUUAUCAAGCUAGCAUUGUGUGGGAUGUUUUUGGCCAGCGAAGCCGGUGAGAUUGCUUGAAAAAGGGCAAUUGCUCAUUGUAAAUGUCGUCAAAUCACUAAAAGAGUAUCAGGAUGCAGUUCGUCAGAUGUUGGCCUUACUCACGAUGGUCGUCGUUUGUGUCCUAUCACCGGAGAAAACUUUUACCAGCUCUGGGAACUGGCCCGGAAAAUUGGUCUGUCCCGUCUGUCUGGAGUGGAAAAAAGUCCCAGGGCAUUGUCACGGCAGCGGGGUGCUGCGCACAGCAACACCACCAGGAGGAGCAUACGGCCAACCAUGCCAACCCCAGUGAGAAUUCACGGUGGACUUACGAUGAGGUAUAUCGGAGGUCGCUCCACGAACCAGAGGAAUUUUGGCAGGAGCAGGCUGAGAGAAUUACGUGGUUCAAAAAGUGGGACCGGGUGUUGGACAACAGCCGAUUGCCUUUUACUAAAUGGUUCCUUGGUGGAGAGACAAACAUCUGCUACAAUGCAGUCGACAGACACGUGGAUUCGGGCCACGGUGACCAGACAGCCAUCAUUUAUGACAGUCCGGUGUCAAACACAGUACAGAAGAUAACCUACAAAGAACUCCAGGAAGAAGUGGCCAAGUUGGCCGAGGUGUUUGUCAAAUUGGGUGUGAAAUACGGUGAUCGUAUUGUCAUCUACAUGCCGAUGAUACCCCAGGCUGUCAUAACCAUGCUGGCUUCGGCGCGGGUCGGAGCAAUCCACGUACUGGUGUUUGGUGGAUUUGCUUCUAGAGAGCUUGGCGUGAGGAUAAACCACGCUAAGCCCAAGUUGGUGGUUUCUGCGUCCUGUGGUAUCGAGCCAAACCGCAUCGUUGACUACAAGGAACUCUUAAACAAGGCCAUCAACCUCAGUGACCACAAACCAGAACGCUGCAUCAUCUACAACAGACCAGAUUUUCAUCCCGUCGAUUUGAUUGCUGAUCGCGACCUCUGUUGGCAUGAAGCCAUGGGGCGUGCCAGGGGCCACGAUUGUGUCCCUGUCCAGGCCACAGAUCCUGUCUACCUGUUGUACACCUCGGGAACAACGGGCCAACCUAAGGCUAUUGUCAGGCCCAGCGGCAGCCACGCUGUGGUCCUGAACUGGUCAAUGAAGAGCCUUUAUGGGAUUAAUCCUGGAGAGACUUGGUGGGCGGCCUCUGACCUUGGCUGGGUCGUAGGUCAUUCCUACAUUUGCUGGGCACCAUUGCUGACCAGAUGCCAGACCAUUGUCUACGAGGGUAAGCCUGUCGGCACCCCAGACCCGGGUGCUUUCUUCCGCGUUCUUCAGCAGCAUGACGUGACUGGGAUGUUCGUGGCACCCACGGCCCUGAGAGCCAUUAUGAAGGAAGACAAGACUGGGGAAUAUGCCAAGAAAUACCCCUUGACCAAAUUCCGCCUCCUGUUUGUGGCUGGGGAACACUGCGAUCAGGAAACUAUGCACUGGUGCAAAGAAAUUUUCAAAUCGCCAGUACUUGACAACUGGUGGCAGACAGAGACGGGUUGGGCCAUCACAGCUUCCCCUGUGGGGCUGGGGACAGACUUGCAUCCUCCUCACGGCGUCACGGGCAAACCGGUGCCAGGCUGGAAUGUUAAAGUUUUGAAUGAGAAGGGUGAAGAGGCAAAAGUUGGUGAGCUAGGAAGAAUCACAGUCAGACUGCCACUUCCUCCAGGUGCCAUCAACACCCUCUGGGAAAAUGAUGAGCGAUAUGAAAGCCUCUACUUCCAGCGUUACCCGGGUUACUAUGACACCAUGGAUGCUGGAAUCCGAACAGAAGAAGGCUACAUCUCGGUCCAGUCGCGUGCCGAUGAUGUCAUCAAUGUGGCUGGUCAUCGCAUCGCCUCAUCUGCCAUUGAAGAGGCAAUUAUCGACCAGGGAGACAUAGUUGAGUGCGCCGUUAUCCCUCUUGAGGACAAACUGAAAGGAUUGGUGCCCGUGGGUCUCAUUGUCCUCAAAGCAGAUGUGAACAAACCCCACUCACAGAUUCUCAAAGAAGUGGUGGAGGCAGUGCGUGAUGGCGUGGGUCCAGUGGCCGCCUUCAAGCAGGCCUUCAUUGUUAGCAAGCUGCCCAAGACGCGGUCGGGCAAAAUACCCAGACAGAGUGUGGCCAACAUGGCCAACGGCAAGCCCUUCGCGAUCCCUCCAACCAUUGAAGAUGCGUCUGCCUUUGGAAUGAUCCGAGAAGAACUGGUCAAGAACGGCAUUCUGGAGCAGCAAUCAGCUUGAACUGACCCCAGUAAGUUCCUUCCAGUCCUACUCAGUUUUAUGCAUUUGCCACAAAAGUUAUUAAAGGAGAAAGUAUUAAGUGAAUUGGUCAAAUCCAGUUUCAUCACGCACAAACUGGUUCCUGCUGGGCCCUGUUCAGUUUAUCCAAGUGGGUCAUUUGAUAAAUUUGGGGUCCAAUUGUUUCCUGUCCCUGUUACGUCUGGCAUAUGAUUUUUAAUGUUUAGAAUUCACUCUUGAAUUUCCAAACCUGAAUUAGUGCUGCAAAUUACCUGCCAAACCAAUAAAAAUAGUUUGAAAUCAAUUUCAGUGCUACAUCCCUUGUCAAACAUGUUAGAUGGUAUACAUGUCGGAGGGAACAGGGACGGAAAAUGGCACACUUUGGGCCCCAAAUUUAUAGAAUGACCCAAAUCUCCUUAUCCAUUUUGGCAGAACAGAUACAAAAGCAGCUUUGAAAACUAUUCAUAUCUUGACAUGUUUUACAGUACCGAAUUGAAAAAGAUUCAUAUUCACUUUUCUUCUACGUUCCACGCAUUAAUUUGAAAGUUAUAAAAUAAAACAAAAUGAUCGAUUAACUUUUGUGAGUAGUAGAGGUUAACGGACAUUCAGCAGCUGAUUUGAGAUGACGAAAUCACAGUCCUGCAAGUAAAAUGGUGGCCAUUCAUUUUUUUUUAUUCUGUAAGUCUUGCUACAAAGAUCCACAUUCAUCAAAAUAUGCACAAAGUGUCUGAGACACAUGUCACGAAGUGUAACUUCUACGUUAUGUUCUUCAUCUUAUAUACAAUGUGUCACUUGUGUGAUGUCACUCGAGUAACAUAAACGGUUUGCAAACUUGAGGGCUCAGCUGUAAAUACUUGCACAUCUUGGCUUCUGAAGAUUAUAAGCAAAUAAAGUUCCAUAAUCCAGCUGCCUCAUAUUAAGUGUAUUUUUAAAAACUUGUAUCAGUUUUGAUAAUUCCUGGACGUCUCUUUGUAUAUUGUGCUCAAAAAAUUAGGGUUACAAAGUCCAUUAAUUUCUCCAGUGUCAUUUGCAGCUGUACAAAAGAUCGCAAUAUCUGUGGGCAAAACACACCUUACAUUAGGCAGAAUUGGGGUGGGUUUUUUUUUGGGGGGGGGGCUUUUUAAGUGUAACUCCACCCACACCGUGAAACUCUGCAGUUGUCCAGGACUGUAGCAAUGAUAUUCGAAGUACUUCAACAAAACAGAAAAAGCCUUGAUAAGUAAUCUUUUCUUGCAGGUAUGGGGUAAAUUUGUUUACAUAUUUUGAAUUGACUAUGGCUUUGUCCUUAUAUUUGGAUUUUUAAUCAGAAUUUUAUAUCAUGAUCAUAUAUUUUGAAAGUAAAACUCCAUUUACUAAGACUCUUGUUUAAAUGAAAAUAUCUUCAAUAAAUUUACAGCAUUGCAAUUUUAACAAGUGUGGUAUGGUAAAAUCAUGACAAAUUCUUAAAUUUUGACACACAUUUGCCAAUAUGUUUUUUUGGCCAAAGAAUAUUUCAGCAGAAUAAUGUGCGCACUUGAUUCUUAAAAAGUUGACAUAAACCGAUACACCUGUAGUCAAAUUUGUAUUCUUUUUAAGAUGCAUGUAAUUGAUGUAUGAUAUCUAAAACAAUCUAAAACCAGAGCACUUCCGUAAACUGUUUCAUACAUUUAUAUAUACAAGAGUAGAAAAGAAAUAGAAUAUCUGCUCACCUUUUUAGAAGUUAUUUGAUCAUAAAAGUACAUUUUAAGAUUCUUUUUAGCUUUCAUGAUAUUCCCAGUACAGUGCAGCCAAUAAGCAGUUGAUGUAUAAUUUGUAAUAAACUCUGCCAGAAAAAAAAAACCUAUUGUAUCGUAGUAAAAUUAGUUUGCUUUUUCUUGUUCACCAAUUGCACCAAGUAUUGAGACGCAAAGUGUCUUGAGAGAAUGAAAAGUUUGAGGAACAUUCUCAAAUUCUGUCACGAUCCUGUUAUCGUGUAGUUCUGUCGAAUCCUGUCGAAUGUCACACCCGUGAUCGACUGUGACAAACUGUUCUUUUAUCUUUUCAUGCUGUUUGCGUGUGUCGUUAGUGUGUUUAUUGUGGGGAGGGAAUAAAUCUGUACAUGUACUGUCGUUACUGUCCAACCGGCAGAAAUUGUAUUAAAGCCUGCGGCAAACUGUGUGAAGUUGUCAUAA